UUGAGAGAGCGUGAAUGUGAGUGAGUGGUGGACGUUAUUGUUAUUGUUGUUGCUGUUAUCAAUGGAGCUCUUCUGCUCGCAAGACCCAACCUCCAAGCUAAUACCUUUACCAAAUCAUCAAACUCGUACCCGCAUAUUCACUAGGAUUAAUCCAAGAGUGACUGGUCCUGGUGGUCGACGGCGUAGCAGCCGCCGUAGUGGGUGGUUGGUGAGGGCAGAGGUAGCGGCGGCGACGGCGCUGGUGGAGCAGACCGGAGGUAAGAUGGUGGUGGAGCUCGUCGGAGCUUUCAACGAGCUGACGGAGAGGACAAAGAAAGUACAGUCGAGCAGCUCCUCUAACAUACUGUUCAAGUCUCUCAAGCUCUCUCUCCCAAUCUUCCACACCUUGCCUCUCGCUCCUGAUGGCCGCUCUUCUCUCUCCAAGGCUCUGUCUUUAGCUCUUCUUCUAGCUGACCUUCAGAUGGAUGCAGAAGUUAUUGCGGCUGGCAUAUUGAGAGAAGUUCUGGAGGCUGGUGCAGUAUCCAUAUUUCAAGUGAGAGAUCGGAUUAAUGCUGGUACUGCUCAUCUAUUGCACGAAAGCUUGCGUGUGAAGAAUAUCUCUUCAAAAGUUGAAGAUUUGGAUGAUGAAAGUGCUGUUGCUUUAAGAAAGUUCUGCCUGACAUACUAUGACAUCAGGGCUGUGAUUCUAGACUUGGCUCUCAAGCUAGAUACGAUGAGGCAUCUUGAUUACCUGCCAAGAUAUCAACAGCAAAUGAUAUCUCUUGAGGUUAUGAAGAUACAUGCCCCUUUAGCUCAUGCUGUGGGAACUAACUUUUUAUCAUUGGAGCUAGAGGAUCUCUCGUUCAGAUACUUGUUUCCUUAUUCAUACCUUUAUCUUGAUACAUGGUUACAAAGUCACGAGACAGGAAGUAAGCCUCUAAUUGAUAUAUACAGGGAACACCUGCUUGAAUCCUUAAAGACGGAUUCCUUGUUAGCAGAAAUGGUGGAUGAUGUCUCGGUUAAAGGUCGCCAUAAAAGUCGUUAUAGCACAAUGAAGAAGCUCUUGAGAGAUGGUCGGAAGCCAGAAGAGGUUAAUGAUGUUCUAGGAUUGCGAGUCAUAUUGAAGCCUAGAUCUGGAGUAGAUAUGUCAGAUGUGGGUGAGAGAGCAUGCUACAGGACACGUGAAAUCAUCCAGUCUUUGUGGAAAGAGAUGCCUCACCGGACAAAAGACUAUAUUGCCAAGCCUAAAGCUAAUGGAUAUAGGAGUUUACACAUGACAGUUGAUGUGAGUGAGAGUUGCCGGACUAGACCGCUUAUGGAGAUACAAAUACGGACAACAGAGAUGGAUAAGUUGGCAGUCGGUGGAACAGCAUCCCAUUCACUGUACAAAGGUGGUCUUACUGAUCCAGAAGAGGCUAGGCGGCUCAAGGCGAUAAUGAUGGCUGCAGCUGAAUUUGCAGAAUUGCGCCUUAAAGAUUUUCCAUCCACAAAUCAUAAAGGCAUUGAGAUUGACCACAGAAAUCGUGUAUUCCGCCUUCUUGACAAGAAUGGAGAUGGUCGGAUCAGCAUUGAGGAACUUAUGGAAGUGAUGGAAGAGCUUGGUGCCCCAGGCGAAGAUGCCUGCGAGAUGAUGCAGCUUCUUGAUUCAAAUAGUGAUGGUUCUCUGAGUUCUGAUGAAUUUGAUUUGUUUCAAAAACAGGUUGAACUUAUGCGUAAUUUAGGGGACAAAGAUGAUGAAUACAAGAUCAAGUUGAAUGAAAAGCUCCAAAUGGCAGACUACAGUGGGUUAAUUCAGGUAUAUGUUAGCAAAGAGCUAGGCAACAGGCUUGCAAAUUAGACUUGCCUGCAUCUUGCUGAAGGCUGCCUUGCAAAUUUUAUGCUUUAAAGGUUAUGUGUAUGUACCAUAUUCAAUGUGAAUAUAUUGUUUGUAUAUUGUACAUAAUGAAAUUCUCAUGUAACAUAAGAUUGUUCCAGGUCUAAUGAUAGAACCUGCUAUACUAAUAGCCUUAUAGGUCAAAUAAAAGCCAACU